AAGUAACACGACAACAAUGGUCCUUAAAGGAACUGAAGACAAUCAGAAUAUUUGGUUGUCCCAGCAAGAAAAACAUCAAAAAAAACCACGACGAGCAUGAAGUAGAUGACGGAGAAGAGAUACCGCUAGCCAAGCGUAAAAUCAAAACCGAAGAAGACGAAUAUAAUGAAGAAAGUGAACACAAUGCGAUUCUGGAACAAGAGGAUGCUACAACAACAGAGGUGGUACAUCAUCAUCAACAACCACCAUCCCAUCGGUCAAGUACACAACAACAAAUGCAAAACACCGAAAUCAUUGAGGUGCAGCAACAUCACCAAUCGGCUGCCGAAGCCGGCAAUUUAGAUGAUUUCAAAAGUCUCUAUCAAGCCGACAAUACACGUCUCUCACUGCAGGAUGGCAAGGGGCGAACUGCUGCCCAUCAGGCCGCAUCACGUAAUCGUGUAAAUAUUUUACGUUAUAUCAGAGAUCAAAAUGGUGAUUUUAAUAUACAAGAUAAUGCCGGCAAUACACCCAUACACAUGGCUGUGGAAUGUGAUUCACGUGAUGCCUUGGAAUUUUUACUAUCAAUAGAUUCAUUAGCCAAUAGAGUAACAUAA